AUGGAAGAAACAAGCAGGGAUAAUCAAUUGUUUUCCGACUUGGAUUUCUCUAUAUUAGGUAUUGAACCAGAUACAAUCUCCCCAGGAAUUCUUCAAACAUCUGCUGCCCCGCCAAAAAUCGGAAAUCGUUUCUCAUCUGAAAGCGUCAAGAUCUUGAGGAAUUGGUUUGCGGCGCAUGAACGGCACCCAUAUCCGAGUAUUCAAGAUGUACAGGACCUUCAAGAACAAACUGGGCUCAACAGGCAACAGGUCGUCAAUUGGUUUGCCAACGCGAGACGACGAAUGAAAGUUCAUUUAUCCAGGCCGACAUCGCCCAUGUUUCGAAACGACGACUCGGGAAACUCUUCCGGUCAUCACACACCCAUCGAUACCCCUAGACGACGACCUACGCCUGCGCCGUUUGAAGCCAUGAAUCCUCUCCAACGAUGGGCCAAUUCCCCCCCGGAACAUGAAGCUGCUACUGUCGACGACAUUUCUCGGGCUGUUGCGGCUUUCGGAAGACAGGGUCGUACGAGAAGCAACGGGUCAUCGAUAAGUAGCAGAGGAACAUCUGUAUCCAGUCAUGACUCCGGAUCUUAUAGUUCUGUUCAUUCAAGGCAGUCAUCGAAUUCAUUCGACAUUUUCAAACGUCACAGUCGUAGACGACGUACAAAGAUGAGACGACAAGAAGUCAGAACAAAUCUCCUUCAAGCGCAAAACACAUACCAAUGCACAUUCUGCACGGAGACGUUCAAGACGAAAUACGAUUGGCAAAGACACGAAAAGUCUCUUCAUCUUUCUUUAGAGAACUGGGUAUGUUCACCAAAAGGACCAACAGCAAUUCAUCCCGAAGAAGGACUCCUGUGUGUUUUUUGUGGUAUGAAAAAUCCUGACAAGACACAUCUGGAUGGGCACAACCAAAGCGCAUGCAUCCAAAGGCCCAUCGAUGAGCGGACAUACCACCGAAAGGACCAUCUUCAGCAACAUCUGCGAUUAGUCCACAUGUCCAAGUUUUUGAAAUGGCCUAUGGAUGAAUGGAAAGUCAUGACGGAAGAGAUUCGAUCGAGAUGCGGUUUCUGCGGUGUUGAUCUUACGACAUGGGCGAGUCGCGUGGAUCAUUUGGCGGAUCACUUUAAAGCAGGCAACACGAUGGAGCAUUGGAAGGGUGAUUGGGGAUUCGAGGCCAAGAUCAUCGAUAGGAUUGAUAAUGCUAUGCCACCAUAUCUUAUUCAUCACGAACGAAACUCGCCUUUGCCGUUUGCCGCUACAAAAGGACCAGCAGACACACCAACGAGCGCAUACGAGCUGAUUAAAUUGGAACUGGAAUAUUACAUGAGUAACCGUCAUCAACAUGAUAUGACCGACUCUGAACUUCACUUUGAAGCAUGUUCAGUUAUUCUAGGUGCUGAAGUCAUCUCCAUCAACCCAGCAUCUUCGUCUCCGUCCUGGUUAUGGGACAUAUUCAUGUCAUCUACUGAAAUUGCCAACCAAGCUCGUCUACGUCCAACAAAACAACUAGCCGAAUCGCGACUCAGUCAAUUGAAGAUAAACGGAAAGGGAAAUAUCUUUGAGAACUGCGAGUUGGAAGCUACCUUGCAACAAUACAUGGCGGCACAUACAUCCAUGGGUCAUUUUCCAUCGGAUUCAGAACUACAACAAGAAGCGUGCGAUGUUCUCAGUCGAACAGAGACUUCCUCGCCAAAUCCAUCGAGAAGAUUCCUUGAUUUUCUGAUGAGAUUGGCUUGGAGUUCGACUGGCUGGCUUGCCCCGCUGCGACAGCGUGCUUCAGCUUUAGUAUCGAUGGCGAAUGAUUCAAUGAAUGAUUCUUAUCUCCUAUGGGGACAGACUGAUACUUCUGUGCCGAUGGAUUCUUCAAUGGAAUUGGAUAUUUCAUUAUCACAACCAUGGAUGACAGAAAACAGAUCAUUGUCCCCAGAAGGUGUACCUGAAAUACCUGCGAUAUCAGUACAAACAGAAACAAGAACUUUAGUCAGAGACAAAGUUCGAACAGCAACUCCAUUCUUUAUAAAUGACAACAACAGCUACCGAAGAUUAAAGAGAGAAUUGUCAAGAUUCGUCAUGACUACAAUGUCACCCAAUAAUCCAAAUCGUCAUAUUCCAAGCGACGAUGAACUCAAAUACCAAGCAAGAUGGAUCCUAUACGACGAGUAA